CCCCUUGAGGGGGAUAUUUUGUAAAACUGACAUUUGCGGCACUAACCCAACUUUUUAUAGUUUACAUCUGCAUAACCAUAACAUCCCGCUCUUGAAAUUGUGAAAUUUAGCUAGUUAUUCACUAAAUCACACAAGGAAAAUGUUGGCGACACAAACGAUGAACCAGUCCGGGAUUCCGGACAAAAUGUGGCAGCCCCCUUUUGUCCAGUUCGAGACCACAAUGGGCGAGUUUGUGAUCGAGCUCUACUGGAAACAUGCACCGCAAACCUGCCGAAACUUUGCGGAACUUGCCCGCAGGGGCUACUACAACAACACGAUUUUCCACCGAAUCAUCAGCGACUUUAUGAUCCAGGGGGGCGACCCAACCGGCACAGGAAAAGGGGGCAUGUCGAUCUACGGGCCGUCGUUCAAAGACGAAAUCCAUCCGGAGUUGAAGCACAGUGGGGCCGGAGUGCUGUCGAUGGCCAAUUCGGGUCCCGACUCCAAUGGCAGUCAGUUCUUUAUCACAUUGGGGCCCACUCAGUGGCUGGACGGAAAACACGCGAUUUUCGGACGGAUACACGCGGGUAUGCAGGUGAUUAAAAGGAUUGGGUUUGUUGAGACUGAUAGGAAUGAUCGGCCGGUGGACGAGGUCAAAAUACUAAGGGGAAAGGUCCUGAAGAGCUAGCAGGACCAAUAAAAAAACACCUACUAAAAAAUGUAUCUUAAUUGCAUUAUCCUAAAACUGUGCCCCUCGAAGUUCAAUUAAUUAAAGGCGAUUUCUCAGCA